AUGGUGCCAAGUUGUGCUCCUGAGGGACUGGUACCACUGAAAUCCGGGAAUGCGGACUCAUUUACCAUGGCCGCUAAGCUCAUGGUGUGCCAAAACCUAACCGAAAUGCUUGAGUCGUCUGCCAGUUGCAGCAACGCACCUAUGGAAUUCCACUCUGCAGAUUUAGCAAUGCGAUCCAAAGUUCUGACCACACAGCAGCUCUGGAACCAGGCUCAUGAAAACGCCCAGUUUAUUCAUGGUAUUCAAAAUGUCACAGAGGAUACGUCCGUGGUAGUAGGUAGCUACCUACCUGCGAUAUUACCGGCGUUCGUCAACGAUCUAACUCAGCGACGAAAACAAAUUUUACACCUAAAGUCACUGUUCAAAGAGCCACUUAUUCUCACGUCGGACCGCCUGGUUCAUGAGUUUCUGAAUAUCGACGGACUUAACAUUAUCACAGUCGAAAACCUCGUCAGCACUCUUCCAAAUGUAGUCGACUGCAGUACUGGAAAUGCAAAGGCCGUGGUUUUACGAAACAGCCAAAUUAAAGCUGCGGUGGCAGGGAAGAUAUCUCAUCAUGGCACAAGAAAGAGUGAUGUUUUCCUAGGAUGGGUUGCCCUAGAUCACGUUGCGUCACUCUGCCAAAUUCAUUUGCAUGCCCUUGCUCUGGGUGCAAGACAGGUUUUUGUUGACAAGACAGAUGUUUCGAACAGCCCAAUGUAUUUCUUGAACCUCAUCCACAGCCUGCGAAUCAGCGUGACCUUUGCCCCAAACUUUUACCCGACAGCGUUGUCAAAUUUGCUUGAGAAAAUGCAACCCUGUACGAUAACAAGUACAGGCUGGGGUUUGUCAUGCUUGAAGGUCAUAUUUUCAGGAGGAGAAGCGAAUUCUCUGCAAACCUGCAUCAAUGUCACAACCCAUUUAAUAGCCUUGGGCGCGAGGAGAAAUGUUGUGAGCCCGGGAUUUGGCAUGACCGAAACCUGUGCAGGUUCGAUGCAUAACCUCUGCUGCCCAAGCUAUGAUAUCAAAAUGGGUUUUGAAUUUACCACCGUGGGUCCAUGUGUUCCAGGUAUGGCUGCAAGAGUUGCUGCUGACGACGGCCGUGUCAUCGAAAUCCCCAAUGUCCCCGGCUCUCUACAGAUUAAAGGGGAAUUAGUGUUUAAAGAAUACUUUAACGAUCCGCUCGCAACGUCUGCCAGCUUUACUAAUGACGGCUGGUUUAUUACUGGGGAUUCUGCCCUCAUCGAUGGUUCUGGCUAUCUGCACCUCUGUGGCCGAAUGAAGGAUCUCAUUAUAGUAAACGGAGUGAAUUACUACCCCCAUGAGCUUGAACGUGCUAUUGAAGAAGCCAAACUCCCUAGGUUGAUCCCUACGUAUACAGUCGUCUUCUCUCAUCGCCCCAAUGGCGCCUCGACUGAAAAAGUUGUGGUAGUGUUCUCUCCAGCGUGCGGUCAUACGAGCGCCGGAAGCUUUGCAGCUUCAUUCGAUGCGAUCUCAAAGAUCACCGCUCGGUUACUUGGGGUAAGUCCGUACCGGAUAGUGCCAGUUGACACAUCACUAAUCCUAAAAUCGACUCUUGGAAAAAUCUCAAGGCCAAAAAUUGCGGCAGAAUAUCUCGCUGGGGAAUACGAUACCUGCUAUGCGACGGCAGCGGAAGCCAUAAGACUAUACCGUCAAACCAAUCUAAGGAGGCCUGAGAGUAAAAUUGAGAAGUCAAUCGCUGAUUUGUUCGCGAACAUGUUCCACACUCCAACUUCCGAGAUCGGAAUUGACACCAGUCUCCUGGAUAUGGGAGUAUCUUCUGUUGAAAUUAUAGCUUUUAAAUCAAAUGUACAAAAGAUUCUCCACCUGGAUCAGGAAAUCCCAUUGAUGUCUGUGUUGAUGGACCCUACAAUCCACGGUAUUGCAGCGGCGAUACAACAAAUGCGGCAACCAAAACAAUAUAAUCCUGUUGUUAAACUUCGUUCAUCCGGCGAAAGGUCUCCUCUCUGGCUUGUACAUCCCGGUGUUGGCGAAGUCUUGGUUUUCUUAAACCUCGUGAAGUACAUCAAUGACCGCCCGCUAUAUGCACUCCGAGCUCGAGGGUUUGAAGCAUGGGAGGAGUUUUUUACUGACCUCCCUGAAAUAUCUAAUGGGGACGAAAUUAGGUUCCUAGGUUCUUUCAACCUACCGCCACAUAUCAAAGAUCGUAUGCGCCAGCUCGAUUGGGUAGAAGCUGGUAUCAAUCUCUCUUAUUUCUUGGACCUGAUAUCAGAGGAACACGCCCUCGAAUUGUCGCCUAAAUUACAUGAACUCUCUAACGAUGACGCCCUCGACCACAUCAUGUCUUGUGCUGCACAGAGUCGUUUGGUGGAGCUAUCUCUAACCAGGAACAAGCUGAGGACCUGGAUAACACUUGCCCACAAGAUGCAGGAAGCUGCAUUAGAGUACGAACCUUCUGGCUCCGUGGCAAGCAUUGAUGUAUUCCACGCUAUACCCCUGAAGCUGGUAGCAGCGAACCCAACCGAUUGGAUAGAGAAUAAAUUGAGCAAAUGGGCUGAUUUCUCAAGAGAGAUGCCUCGAAUGCAUCAAGUGGACGGUGCGCAUUACACAAUGAUGUCGCCAGAGCAUGUAUUUACAUUUCAAAAAACUCUUCAGAAGGCUUUGCGUGACCGUGGGCUUUGA